AUGUCAUGCCUCAAGUUCUCCACAGUAUCAAAGCCACUGCAAAAGAAGAAUGUCAUGGUGCAGUCGGAACUCUGCAAUUUACAUGCUGUCCAUGUUCAUGAUGCAUCUGGUGACUUGCGCAAUGCCGAAGAACUCCUCAAACAGAUUAUCGAAUCAAUAAAUCAAGUCAAGAGCAAGUGGGGAGUCAUUAUUAUUGCAUGCACUACUGAUGCAUCUGGAGAGUCUCGUAAGGCUCAGCGACUCCUUCACACCAAAUUUCCGCACUUGGUAACACCUGACUGCCUAGCUCACCAGUUUAACCUUAUUGUGGGGGAUCUCUUCAAAGCCAAGGAUGACUAUGGGCAGUAUGGUGACCUCGCACAAGAGCUAAUUACAUGGCUUUGUAGCAAAACCUAUGUUCUCACACUCCUUCAUGAAUUGCAAAUGUCAACCAUGGGAAAGACAUUGACCAUCAUUCAUGCUGUUCUCACUCAAUGGUUAUCACAUUAUUUAGCAUACCAACAACUUUUGGAUGUUCGGCCAUCACUAGAGCUAUUGAUAACAAAGCACGAAGCAGAGAUACGAUCUACAGGUGAUGCUUGUUCAUGA